AUGGCUGAAGAAGAAGUUCAAGUUGAUCAAGUUCAAGUUAAUCAACAACAACAAAGGGUAGUGAUGAUCCAAGAUGCAUCAAGAGAGGUUAAUUUAGAAGCAAUUAUGAUGGCCACCAAAAAGUUCUCUCUCAAAUCCGGAGAUCAUCUCACAAUUGUUCCAAUUCUUGAUUGGUUCAGUAGUCCUAUGGGUUACAUGAUGAGAGUUGAUUCCAAUUACUUCAUUUCAACCAACAAGAAAGUUAUUGAGGAACAUAGCAAGAGAUGGUUAGAUCUUCGUAACUCGGAUCUCUUCGAUCACUUCAAAAAGAAUGAGAUAAGAUUCAAAGUAGAAGUGGUUGCUGGGCCUGCCACAGAAAUUGCUUAUAAUGCUGUUAAAGAAUUUCAGGCAACACGUUUGGUAGUUGACAAACGUAUGCACAAAGAGAUAAAGCACAACCUUGACAAAUUCUCUUGUCGUCUCUAUAAGAUAAAAGGUAACAACUCUAUUGAAAGGUUGAAGCCUACAAAAUCAACAGAUAAUAAUAAUGGCUGCAAAUCACAUGGCAAAAGGCAUGAAAAUGCGGAUGAACAAUCUUCUCUAGGAAUUAGGUCAUCAUCAUCAAGCGACAUGUUCUCUUCAAGUAUUUACUCGAGCAGCACUGAAGCGUCAACAUCGUCAAGUGUUGCAAGUUCGCGACAACUUGGACAACAAAUAGACAACAACCUCGAACAACAACAACCAGAUUUCAAAAACCCGGUUUGCAGCAAAUGCAAGAACCGAAGACCGAGGCCGAGGUUGAAGAUAGAGUUGAGUUACUCGGAGUUGUCGAAAGCGACAAACGGAUUCUCUCAGAAGAAUUUCUUGUCGGAAGGAGGAUUCGGAGCGGUGUACAAAGGACAACUGAGUAACGGAAUGAGGGUGGCCGUGAAGCAGCACAAGAACGCAAGCUUCCAAGGAGACAAGGAGUUUCAGUCGGAGGUUAGUGUUCUUAGAGAAGCAAGACAUGAGAAUGUUUUGAUGCUUUUGGGUUCAUGCUCCGAGGGACAUAACAGGAUUCUUGUUUAUGAAUAUGUCUGCAAUGGAUCCCUUGCUCAACAUCUCUCACAACACUCUCGAUCACCUCUUAGUUGGGAAGAUAGGAUCAAAGUAGCAAUUGGAGCUGCAAAGGGCUUGUUGUAUUUACACUCCAAAAACAUUAUUCACAGAGAUUUGCGACCAAACAAUAUUCUUAUCACACAUGAUCAUUAUCCUCUGUUAGGCGAUUUCGGGUUGGCAAGGAUUCAAAAUCAAGACUCGAUAUACUCAACAGAAGUCGUCGGAACGUUAGGAUACUUGGCGCCGGAAUAUGCCGAAUGUGGCAAAGUUUCAACCAAAACAGAUGUUUACUCUUUUGGUGUUGUUCUUUUAGAGCUAAUUACUGGAAUGAGAACCAUUGACAAAAGACUUGGAGGGAGAAGCCUUGUGGGAUGGGCAAGGCCACUAUUAAGAGAGAGGAAUUAUCCAGAUUUAAUUGAUGAAAGGAUUAAAGAAGAUUAUGAUAUCCAUCAACUAUUUUGGAUGGUUCGUUUAGCUGAGAAAUGUUUAAGCAGAGACCCUCAAAGAAGACUCAGUAUGCUUGCGGUGGUUAAUGCUUUGAAUGGCAUAGUGGAAGGAAGUACAUGCAUCAAAAUAAAAGAAUAUUCCCCAGCAAGAUCAGACUCAUUCUAUAGUGAUUCUGAAUCUGAUAAUGAUGAAGAUGAAUUGCAUGGUUAUGAGUCUGAAGAAGUGUAA